UUUCCGUAGUCACUGGGAAAAAAAACAUGGCCACGCGCACGGGCAGGUCUCUCCUGUGCCUAGGUCGAACUCAUAUUCGUGCUCUUGGACUCCAGAAUGCAGCGGGCAGGGUCACGUACGCGACGGAAGAGCCCGCAAACCAUCAGUCUCGUUUCACGGGACCUCCUGAUAGAAGAAAUAAAGGACCAUUUGCCAAAAAACCCAGGAGAAAUGAAGGGCAGAGCAGGGCGGAGAGGAUGUCUGUGGAUCAGGACUGGACUGCAGUGUAUCCAUCAGCAAUGCCCUUUAGAGCAAAUACUGUCCCCCUGCCUGUCAGGAUGGGCUACCCUGUGAAGGGAGGUGUUCCUUCACAGAAGAGAGGCAACCUGGAGCUCAUCAAGAUACCGAACUUUCUGCAUUUGACACCAGCAGCCAUCAAGAAACACUGUAAAGCUCUCAAACCAUUCUGUACAGAGUGGCCUUCGGCCUUGGACACUGAUGCCAAAUGUGACGAGCACUUCCCCAUCAAAGUAGAGAGCACAGACUACCUGUCCGCCGGCCCGUCUGUCAGAAACCCUUCAGCUCGCAUUGUUCAUCUCAAAGUGAAACUGUCCAGUUUGAAUCUGGACGACCACGCACGCAAGAAAAUGCUCAAGCUUGUUGGGGAGAAAUACUGCAAAGCUACCGAUGUCCUCACCAUCAAAACUGACAGCUGCCCACUGAGAAAACAGAAUUUCGAGUAUGCCAUGUACCUGCUAACUGUCUUGUACCACGAGUCUUGGAAAACGGAAGCCUGGGAGGCCGAGAAGACCGUGGCAGACAUGGAGGAGUACAGCUGGGAGGAGAGCCCGUCCCAAAAGAACCUUUUGGACAUCCUAGUGCGCAUGAAGGUGGCCGGGGAGGGAGAAGGCGAGGAAGUGCGAGAGCAGCUGCUGGGAAGAAGAGAGGUGCAGGAGUAUAAGGACUCGGUGACGAGGCUGAAGAACGAAGGAGACAGCGAUAGCACCAUGCUUCAGUACAAAGAGGCCGUCAAAAAAGUAUUCAACCUGUGAUGGAGCUUUAAGCGGAAAUGUAUUUACAUGCAGACAGUGACCAAGAGAGACAGGGACCUGUAAUAAACAGUGAACAUGUUUAAAUACGUUGGACUCCAUCAACAAGAGGAUAUAUAGGUUUCAACUAAUGUAUUUAUUCUGCAAAAUAAAUGUGCAUGAUCCUGUCUUUAGUAUAAAAAUAAAAGCGAUGUAUGCUAUUGUUAA